AAGCUCCAGGCAAUGACGGUUUUAAUGCUUACUUUUAUCAAAAGAAUUGGUCUGUUUUAGGCAAUGAUUUGACUAAAGUUGUUCUUUCUUUUUUGAAUGAGGGGUCUGAUAUUUCAACUAUUAACACUACUAUUUUAGUUUUAAUUCCUAAAAAGCCAAAUGCUUCUCAUCCUAAAGAUUUUAGGCCUAUUAGUCUUUGUUCAAUCUUGUAUUUUUAGUCAGUAGGCUUAAAUGUGUUUUAUGUAGUAUAAUUUCUUCUUCUCAGAGUGUUUUUCUCCCUGAUAGAAUAAUUUUUGACAAUGUUCUGAUCGCACAUGUGCUUGUACAUGCUAUUAAUCAUAAAAAACACGGUUCAAUGGGUUGCUUUAAAACUUGACAUGGCAAAGGCUUUUGGCAGAGUAAAGUGGGAGUUUAUAAAAAAUUUCGUGCUUUGCUUAAAUUUCCUGGCAAACUUUAUGUCUUUAAUUGUGAAUUGUUUAAAUUAUGUUUCCAUUCUUAGUUUUUGUAUUAAUGGUCAGGUUACAGGGCGAAUAGUUCCUACUCGAGGUAGUAGACAAGGUCCUAUCUUUUUUUGUUAUGCUCUGAAAGUUUAUCUUCUGCCCUUAGAUUAAUGGAGCAAGUGGUUUAUUUCAUGAUCUCACAAAAUCUCGUAAUGCUCCUAUGAUAUCUCAUUUACUUUUUGCUGAUGACAGUUUCCUUUUUUGUAAUGCUGAUUUUGAUUCAUGUAUAGCAAUAAAAGAUGCUUUAGAUGUUUAUAAUAAGGCUUCAUGUCAGCUUGUUAAUUUUUUUAAGUCAUCUAUUCUAUUUUCUUCUAAUACCCCCAUCUUCGUCUAGCCUCUUUUUAGAUAUAUUAGGUCUUGAAAAUAAGCCUUUUAUUAGUAAAUAUUUAGGUUUACCCUAGCAUUUUGAGUCGUUCUAAAAAGCUAUCUUUUGAUUUUAUUUUGGACAAAUUGGGCUCUUUUUUAAACUCAUGGCUUAAUAAAUGUUUUUAUAGAGUUGGCAAAGAAACUCUAUUAAAAGUCGUUAUUAAAUUCAUUCCCUCCUGUGCUAUGUCUUGUUUCAAGUUACCAGUUAAAUUGUGUCAACAAAUAGAGUCUCUUAUGGCUAAGUUUUGGUGGGGUUCUUUGGAUAAAGAGUCCAAAAUUCAUUGGAAAAAAUGGUCAACGUUGUGCUCUUCUAAACUUUUUGGAGGGUUAGGCGUUCAGUCUUUAAUUCAUUUCAACCAAGCAAUGCUAGCUAAGCAAGCUUGGCGUAUCUUGCAAUGUCAAAACUCUCUUUUGACUAGGCUGCUUAGAGCUAAAUAUUUUGCUAAUUCGGGUUUUCUGGAGGCUAAAAAGGGUCAUGCUCCUUCUUAUACUUGGAAAAGUUUACUUUGGGGAAGAGACCUACUUAAGAUGAGAUUGAUUUGGAAAAUAGAAAUGCAAGUCUGCUCAAAGGGUUUGUCUAUGGCUACAAAUUCAAUUUCUAAAACAUCCAUAUCAAAUAUUAGUUGGAAUCCUCCUCCUGCAGGCUGCUUGAAGCUUAAUAUAGAUGCUACCAUUGAUUCAAAAAGAAAUAAAAUUGAAUUUGGGGUAGUAGUACGAAAUGAUAAAGGAAAAGUGCUUGUUAGUCUAACGGUGCCUUCUCCAGGGAACUUCACUUCAUCAAUUGCAGAAGGCCAAACUUUGUUACAUGCUCUUAAGUGGUGUUUGAUAGUCUCUUUGCCAAUUUCAUGUGUGGAAGUAGACUCUAAAGUUAUAGUUGAUAAUAUAAUGUUUUCUGAUGAGGAUUUGUCUCCUCUUUCGGAUAUUGUUAGAGAGAUUAGAAACUCAUUGUCUUCCUUCCUUAGGAUAACUCUUUCUUAUGUACCAAGACAAGCUAAUACAUUGGCUCAUAAAUUAGCAAGAAAGGCACUAGAGUUAGAUGAUGAGUUAGUUUGGAAUGGUUUCAUUCCAACUAGUCCACAUUUCAUGUAACUAGUGUGUUUAUUAUUUAUUCUUAAUGAA